AUGGCAGCACCAACGGCGCCAUUCAUCGCCGCGGACAGCAAGGGGGCCGCCGCCGCCCACCACGGACGUGGUCGCCGCCACGUGCUACUGUUCCCGUUCCCAUACCAGGGCCACAUCAACCCCAUGUUCCGUCUCGCCGGCGUCCUUCACAGGCGCGGCUUCGCCAUCACCGUCUUCCACACCCACUUCAACGCCCCGGACCCGGCGCGCCAUCCAGACUACCGCUUCGUGCCCGUGCCCGACGGCAUGUUCGGCCCGCCCCAGGUCACCAUCGAGGACACCUUUGCGCAAAUAAUCUCGAUCGGCGACGCGUUCGAGACUGGCUUCCGGGACCGCCUCGCCGCGGUCCUGCAGGAGUACUCCAGGGACGCCGUCGCGUGCCUCGUCGCCGACGCGCACCUGCUGCCUGUCUUCGAGGUGGCCUCGAGGCUGACCGUUCCCACGCUGGCGCUGCGCACCAGCAGCGCUGCUUGCCAUGCGUGCUUCCUCGCGUACCCGAUGCUCUGCAAGAAAGGCUACCUCCCCGUGCAAGGCAGGUGCUGCUAUUCGCAGCUUGACCUGCCGGUGACGGAGCUGCCGCCGUACCGAGUGCGCGACCUAUUGCACAUCGGUGAGGCCGGCCACCACCUGGCGUGCCAACUGGUGGCGCGCGCCGUGGCGGUUGCCAACAUCUCCUCCGGUGUCAUACUCAACACGUUCGACGAGCUGGAGCGCCGCGAGCUGGAGGGCCUCCGGCGCGACACUGCCGUGCCGGUGUUCGACAUCGGUGCUCUACGUGAGCUUCGGCAGCCUGGCCUUGAUGAGCCCACGGGACCUGGUGGAGACGGCGUGGGGAAUCGCCGACAGCUGUGUGCCGUUCCUCUGGGUGGUCCGUCCAGGUCUCGUCCGCGGAUGGGGAUCACGAGGUACGUGGAGCACGUGUGGAAGGUGGGCCUCGAGCUGCGUGGCGAGCUCGAGAGGGGCAGCAUCGAGGCGGCGAUCCACAGGCUCAUGACUGAUAAGGACGGCGCCGAGAUGAGGUCGAGGACCGGCGAGCUGAAGAAGGCGGCAGUGGAGUGCACCAGCAAGGCCGGCUCGACGCUCAUGGCCAUCGAUAAGCUGGUCACACACAUCAUGUCGCUGUAA